AUGGGCUCGACACUCAAUCAAGGUAAUGUUCGCGCCGGAGGCAAUCUCCAUCUUGGCCGGGACGAAGAUAAGGACCACUACAAAGAAUGUCUUCGUGAGCUUCUGAGUAGUCUUUCAGGUGACCCUCGCGACUACAAGGAAGAUCUAAUUACCAGGAACGGCCGAUGGCUGAAAGGUACAUGCCAAUGGAUUCUACGUACCAAAGAGUUCACCGAGUGGCAUGAAUCGAAGCCUCCACGAUUGCUCUGGAUCACCGGAGGCCCUGGCAAAGGGAAGACCAUGCUUGCGCAUUUCCUUGUCGACUACUGCGAGAUAGUCGGAGCUCGUGAGCCGGAUCGGGAAUUGGUCAUCUACUUCUUUUGCGGGACCCAAGACGGACUGAACUCGGGGCCCUCACUCCUUCGAGGUCUUAUCUAUCAAAUACUCGUCAGAAACCAAGCAAAAUUUUGUCACAUCAAAGAGGCCUUCUCCAACCAUGGGAAGUCUCUGUUCGAUGACGCUCGGUUUGAAGCCCUAUGGAGGGUAUUCGAUUCCAUGAUCCGAGACAAGACGCUGAAAUCCGUUACCUGCAUCUUAGAUGGCCUAGACGAGUGUAUCGAGGAGUCUCUCGCCCCGUUUUUGGUCAAGAUCCGCGAUGUAUUCGCUCCUACAACCCGUCAACGCUCCAAGACGCCGUCGAGUAUAUUCAAAGCCAUCGCUAUCAGCAGAAACUUUCCGGAAUCAUUCGAGGUAUUCUUGGAUAGGUUUCCUCGACUUCGCAUUGACGCUUCACAUAACGUGCAGAUCGGGAAGGACGUAAGCAAAUAUAUCGAUGAUGGGAUGAAGCUUCUGGCCUGCGCUGAACACAAGAAGCCCAAACUCGGACAAUUACGCUUGAACGUCCGCAAAAAGCUUGUGGAUGGCGCCGACGGAAGUUAUCUGUGGGUCAAGUUUGCGAUCAAGUCCCUGGAGGGUGUCACAUGUCCUGAGCUUGAAGAAGCCAUUACCGAAUUUCCACGAGGUCUCGACGAUAUCUAUGCCAGAAUGCUACACGCGCUGCCAGUACGUCAGAAGAGCAAAGUAAUCCAGAUUAUACGCUGGGUGGCAACAGCAUAUCGCCCUCUGACGCUACUUGAAAUCGGUACAGCUCCAGAGCUGCCACGGGCCGAUGAUCAAGACCUUGGAGACGCCACGGCCGAUUUCGUGAAGUGCGCAAGAGAUCUGCUUCUCAUAUCGGAAUCAAAGAACGUCGUGCUGGUACACGCGUCCUUUCGAGACUUUUUGGUUCAGUUCGGCAACGAAUCAGUGCCUGGUUACACACUUCAGCCUUCUGUAUCUCACUGGAUCCUAGCUAGUAGAACGUACGAGUAUACAGACGCCCUCAUCAAUCUCAACCCGCAAAUCUAA